AUGGCUGCUGCUCAAGCUCAGCUGCUCCACCAUUAUCAUCUCGUCUCCGGGUGGCCCCAUUGCCGGAAUUCUUUUAUAAAUAGCUAUCCCAAGUCGGGUUUCCGGGCUCCGAUCAAAUGCUCCGACGCGUCUCCCAGCAACCGCGGUUUUGGCCCCAAGUCGGCGAAGGCUGAGGACAAAAAGCAGAAGCAAUCGCCCGCCAUACCUAACCAGGCACCUGGUUUGAGUUCUUCAAUUGGUGGCAGAACGAGGUAUACUUCUUCGGAGGACCUGGAGUUUGAGCAGCGUCUCCAAGCGAUUAGAAAGUCGGCGCUUGAGCAGAAGAAAGCAGAAGAGAAGAAACAAUAUGGGGCGAUUGAUUAUGAUGCUCCAAGUGAGACGAAUAGCGGCACGAUUGGUCUUGGGACGAAGGUUGGAGUUGGUGUAGCGGUUCUUGCAUUUGGCUUAGUAUUUGCUCUUGGAGACUUUCUCCCUUAUGGAAGUGUCAACCCCACAGAGGAAAGUCCCACCAUUAAAAUUUCUGAAAAGGAAAGAGCAGUGCUUGAGAAGAGGUUGGUUCAGUUUGAAGAAACACUUGGGAUCUCUCCUGAAGAUCCAACUGCUCUUGAAGGAGCUGCAGUGACUUUAGCAGAAAUGGGGGAAUAUAAAAAAGCUGCACCAUUGCUUGAAAAGUUGACUGAGAAGAAAAUAACUGAUUCAGACGCAUUUCGUUUGCUUGGUGAAGUCAAAUAUGAGCUCAAAGAUUAUGAAGGAAGUAUUCUUGCAUAUAGAAGUGCUAAGAAGGCGCCAGAGAGUGUUGACUUUGAAAUCCUUCGAGGUCUUACGAAUUCAUUGUUAGCUGCCAAAAGACCUGAUGAGGCUGUGCAAGAGCUCCUGUCAUCUCGUGAACUUUUGAAUAGUGGUGGGACUGUAAGCAGCACAGAGGGGAUUAGAUCUGUUGUGGAUCCCAUUCAAGGAAUUAUCUUGAAAGAGAAUGGAAAUAUAGGCGAUUCCGAGAGAAUGUUUAUACAGGCACGGUUCUUUGCACCUGAUAAAGCAAAAGCACUGGUAGACAAGUACUCACGAUGA